AAAAUAAUGUCACCAUCAAUCAGAGAUAACUUAAACGAGAUCAUUAAAGGAAUUAAGGAGAACAGAAUCCUUGAUGUGUUUGAGAAGUACUAUCAUGCCGAUGUCGUGAUGUAUGAGAAGGGUGACUCAACCAACCGUGUUGGAAAGGAGGCCAACUACAAGUCAGAGAAGAACUUUGUUGACAAUGCCAAGAUCCAUGAGGCUAAAGUCACAAAGAUACUUGUCGAUGGUAACAACACUGCUUAUGAGAUGUCCAUGGACUUCACUUAUGGAGAGCACAACAUUAAGAAGACUCAAUGGGCUUUACAAGAGUGGAAGGAUGGUUUGGUCAUUAAGGAGGAGUUCUACUAA